GGGUGGACAGGAGGCUUUAAUAAUAAAGGAUGGAAAGCUUUCUUCUCUUCCUCCCAAUUCACCACCGCCAUGGACGAACCAAAAACCUUGAGAGGAAAGAAGAGAGAAAGAAAUAAAAGAGAGGGAACUAAGCUCCUGUGGGUUGUGGGUUGUGUUAGAGUAAUCAAGGUGUCCGGAAGCCAACUACGAAGUCGGAAUCGCCAUUGGAGGUUUGUAGAAGCUCAUGGGAGGUUGGUCGGAAAGUUGCGUCGACGGCACCGGCGUCGUCGACUUCAACAAAACUCCAAAAGGCUGGUACCAUGACAAAGAGGACGAUCCCAGGAGCAUCCCAGUUUCGACGAAAUUAAAUUUGGAGGUCUGUAGAUACCUCGUCGGAGCUUCGCCGGAACGUCGCCGGAGUGUCGCCGGAUUCUGGAAAAAUAAACUUCAACAAAACUUCAAAAGAUGAAUAUGGUUGCGAAGAGGGCGAUCUCAGGAGCGUCACGGUGCCGACGAAAUCGAAUUCGGACGUCGGAUGAGGGAGAACCGAGUCUCCCAAGUUUGAGGAAGAAUAUGUCAACCAUCCAGGAUCGUGAGAACGAGGAGAAUAUUUUGAAACCAAGAUCUGGAAUUUCCAGAGCUUUCACAGAAUCGGAUUUCGUCAUAAAUAAGGUGUGUGGGCUUACGGUAAAAGGGAACCGGAAUUACGUGUUUAUUUCUAAAUACGCAUGAUUGAGU